AUGGAGUCAUCAGAGGAAAACGGGGUUAGUAUCUCAGAGACUCCUUGCCCUAAAAUGCUAGUUUGUUUAGCAAGUAGGCCUUUUCGAUGUUUUUUUUUUUUAGAAUAUCCCGACAUAUCCCAUGAUUUCACAAAUUUAAUUUGUACCGUGCAAAGACUACUGCAAUCUGUAACAGAACUUAUGAAGAUCAGUAAAUUCUAAAUUCUAAUUCUAAAGGGAAGGCUUGAUGAUAGAUUGCGCUAGCAUAACUUUGGUAUCCGUCUUUACAAGCAUAAUUUUCAUUUUUGCGAAAAAAGCACUACUUGCAUAAUUUGCCCUUUUGGCUAGUUUUGAAGCACAAAUAUUGUUAUUUAUUGAUCAUACAACCAACUUUUUUGGCCUGAGAUCAGUUUUUCGUGCAUAUUUAAGUAACAAAAUCAUUUUUUUGCCCGCUUACUGUCACAUCCGAGGGGCCUGGGUGACCCAGGACUCCCUCCUCAGGCCUCAAUGCAAUGCAUGCACGUAACAAGCUCGGUUACCCGAAAUGGCGUGUUGAUUAUUGUUUGAGUUUCAAUAAUAUAGUUGUCAGACAGUUUUGUUGUUUCAGUGCUUUAUCUCUCAUACAUUCAUCUAUCGCUGAAAACUAGAGUUUGCAAGACAGUGAUAGCCCAGGGAAUUGCAAAUAGGAUAAACGUGUUUCCUUUUUCCCCUUUGUUGCCUAGUUUUUGAGGACCUAAAUUUAAAUAAAAAAGAUAAAUAUACGAGCAAUGCUAGUAGGAGCCAGGAUAAACGGGUGGCACAGGAAAAAAAUGAGCUCUUUCAAACAUUUGUCCGGACUUGCGCCAACGGGGUCGAAGUCUCAAAUGAUCUCCUUUUCUUUUUUUUCAGAUUUCUUCAAAAAUCUGGAAAGCACUUUAGUUUCGAAGCUUUACUGGACCAAGAUGGCUAUUCCUGUUGUAGAUUUUAGCGCCAUGGGUUUACAAAACAAUAAUCAGCCUUGUGCGGAAAAUAGCAAUGCUGUCAAAGACUUGGCUGAGAAACUCUACAAUGCCUUUAGCACGGUUGGAUUUGUGUAUCUUAAAAACCAUGGGAUUCCCCAGGAAAUGGUGCGUUUUUGUCGAAUGUUUGUUUUGCCUUUGUUGUUGCUGUUGUAAAUAUUUUUUAUUUAAGCUCAAAAACUGGGUUAAAGGGUUAAAAGCAGCAUCUUUUUCAGCUUCGUCUUGGGUCUUCACUUUCUCGGACAGUGCGGGAAGUAAUCGAGCCUCCAUCUUGAAGAAAAACACUUAUUUUGCAUGGUCUACAUUACAAACCAAAAAAAAGACGUCAAGAUGUUAAAGAAAAUUGCAGUGAAACCAAUCUCUUCAGUUUUGAACAUUUUGACGUCAUUGCUGUGGUCUAUAAGAGUUGUGGCGAAAAAAAAAAGCGCCUGCUACGCUAGGCUAAUUGUCGAUUUGUUACCUGGAGAGUGGUAGGUGCGCUUUUCAAUAGCUCUGGUGAAAAACUUUUUCUAGCAGUUGGGGUUCGAUUUAGUACGUUACUAUUACCGUUACCUACGAACGCAUACGUAUUCACAGUCGUCGCUCCUUUUCACCCUGAGCGACGACCGAAAAUAUGGCUGCGUUUGCAGGCUACUGCCAUCGUUGUCGUUCAGUGUAGAAAAGAUUUAACAAAGAUGAGUGUACGUUACGUACUCGUCCUGUCAACAGAUGACCUAAAAAAGCAUGAAAAAGUGGCCGCCUUAGAGAGCUGGAAGUUCGACAGUAUUUUGGGUCGUUGCUUCCCCUUAGUAUUUGAUCUUGAAUGACCUUUUGCCGGUCACUUCUCAAGUAGAAUUCCACCUAUAAAAUAUACCAAGGUCUUGGGAAACCACCUCUUGUAUUCAUAUUAUUAUAGCCUUCCAUUGGGUAGUUCACUUGAAACUUCGCAAGAACUUGCUAAGCAGACAACUUGACUGGAGGAACAAUGAUUUUUUUUGUUCAUCCUUGAAGUUAAUUUCCUUUUUUAACUCUGCAGAUCGACUCUAUUUUUGUGGAGAUGGAUAAGUUCUUCGCCCUGAGUCAUGAAGCAAAAACGAAAUACAAAAAGGAACAUAAAUUCUGCAGAGACGGUUGGAAUUCUUUUGAAAAUGAGAGGUAAUGCGCGCGCAUCACCUUCAUUUGUACUUAUGGUACACCAUAAACAAGCCAGAAUAGUACAAUUGCACGAUGACGUCAUGUUACUACAACUACCAGAAUCCUUGAGUUUGUUGUUUUCUUAUGCAAAUUAAGGCUAUUGUUCUUUAAUCCUCAGCGGGAUUGACAAAUUUAAAUAACAAAGCAAAACCGAAAUGAAUUCUGGUAGUUGUAGUCAAAUGUCCUCAUCGUGCAAUUGUCCUAUCGUGACAUGUAUGUGCAGUAACGGUAGCCCUGAUUAGCCCUUGAGAAACAAAAAAAUAAGUAAGUAAAUAAACUGCCAUCCUCUCAAACUUGCCGAGGUAAAGGAGGGGAAUUAAAUAAAAGAAGAUCAUCUCAGUUAUAGACAC